AUGUACAGGUCUGCUGUUGCCGCUAGGCUGCUGAGAGAUAGAGCCGCCGCACAGAAAGGUCCUGGUUGGCUAAGUUCUCUCAAUCAUUCCAGGCGGUUUGCUCAUUCUUUACCCUUCACAACCGUAGAUGCUGAAGAGUUAUCGGGUGCUAGACCAGCUCAAGUACAAAAUCGGGUGCAGGGGAAAUGGGGAGGAUCUUCUAGGUGGAACACAAUUGUGGAUCCUUUAAACGGGGAACCAUUUAUUAGAGUUGCUGAAGUAGAUGAGAAAGGCAUCAGGACAUUUGUGAAGAGCUUGUCCAAUUGUCCUAAGCAUGGGCUGCACAAUCCAUUUAAGUUGCCUGAGAGGUAUCUUCUUUAUGGGAACAUAUCCUCGAAGGCGGGGGCACAUGCUUUCAUUACCAAAGGUUUCUGA